GAUUUUUCUUUUUAUUCUCUUUUUAUUUGUCAAAUCCAGAAAGUUGCCAGCCAGUUGCCAGUUGAAAAAACAGAGCCAACUGAUCUCCAGGAAGAUGACCACGAUGAUAAGCUAAAACAUCUUGAGCAAACGACGAAAAGGUUAAAAAAAGAGCAUUCCUCUGCCGGCCACAGUAGCAGUCCUGAGCUCAAGGAAGUAGAAGGCAUAGAGCUGAUGAAGGAUGUAGAGGAUAUGUUGUUCUGUCCACCUCUUCCCAAAAUCCCUUUCCCCCCUGUCCUGAAGAUGGAAGCAGCUUUGUACAGCAUGCCUCAGAUAGUAGAAGUAAAGCUGGCCUUCAUUAAGAACCCAACUCGAAUAUCCGUUCUCUGGAACGUGGUGAACGAAGACCCCUGUGCACCACCUAUGGAAAGUUACACCAUCUUCCUGACCAUGGAGACAUAUAAAGGGAGCGGCGUCUUCCUGAAGUGGGACACGUAUGACAAACUGGAAGCAAAGUCUCUGCCAAUGUGCGCCCUCAUCAACAAAUUCAAGCGUGGGCACAGGUUAUGUGCUGCUGUGGUGGGCAAAGAUGUAUUUGGCCGAUAUGGACCCUUUAGUAAAGUUGCCACUGCCAUCCUACCUGACUAAUCAUCGAUAAUCUGAAUAUGUGCUUUUGUCCCCUAAAAGUUGUUUUAGUUGCAAAUCAAGAUUAUUUUUGUGACUUUUGAUCGACGGACAUUUGUCUUUGAGUUAAAAUGUUUAUUUUAACAUAACUGUUGUAUAUUAAUAAAAUGCUUGCUACACUUCA